CAACUAGAAAUAAGAAAAGUGAACCACAAGAGCAAAGGACUAAAAAAAGAUUCAAAUUUAACUAGUUACCACCUGUGGCUAUUGCAUAAGAACCAGAUUUAAAAUUCUCACAUAAAAGGAAGACCUUUUCAUCACCUAAAAUGUAUGGAAUGCUUUAUGAGAGUGUCCAGCACUAUGUGCAAGAGGAAUAUGGAGUUGAGACUUGGAAGAAAGUCUGCCAAAUUGUCGACUGCAAGCACAAUAGCUUCAAGACACAUCAAAUCUAUCCGGAUAAACUAAUGCCAGAUAUUGCAGCCGCACUAUCUGCCUGUACGGGACAGUCUUUUGACUUUUGCAUGAAUUUUUUUGGUCGUUGCUUUGUGCGAUUUUUCAGUAAUUUUGGUUACGACAAGAUGAUACGUUCGACGGGACGUUAUUUCUGUGACUUUCUACAGUCCAUAGAUAAUAUUCAUUUAAUUAUGCGUUUCACAUAUCCCAAGAUGAAAUCGCCAAGCAUGCAGUUGACCAAUAUGGAUGACAAUGGAGCUGUUAUUCUCUAUCGCAGUGGUCGGACAGGUAUGUCGAAGUAUUUGAUUGGACAGAUGACAGAGGUGGCCCGGGAGUUCUAUGGUCUGGAGAUAAAAGCCUAUGUGAUUGAGAGUCAAAAUGAUAUUAGCGGUGGCACAGCGGGCCCCAUUAAAUUGACCGAUGGUCCGUUGACUGUAAUAGUAAAGUAUCGCCUUGAUUUUGAUAAUCGAGAGUAUAUGGCCAAGCGUGUGAAUACCGCUGCCCAUCCCUCACAGCUUAAGAUGCCCACUGUCAAUAUGAAUGUGUUCCUGGAACUGUUUCCCUUUACCUUUGUACUUGACCACAAUAUGAAGAUAACCCAUGCCGGCGAGAAGAUUGUCGAGACAUGGAUUAUGCACAAUCCAGGAGCAAAUCCAAAAGGCUUUAUCGGCAGCUAUGUUAUGGACAAAUUUCAUUGCCGUCGUCCAAAGGAUACCACCAUUAACUGGGACACUUUGAUACAAAUGCGUGCUGUGCUCUUUGAAUUCGAACUUAUACGAACGGGACACAAUAGAGCAGCAUAUGAUGCUGUUCUGAACAUGGACUUCGAGAACUAUGACGAGAUGACGCUGAACGAGGCACAGACCAUGGCCCUGACAAAGGCCCAGGAGUUUAGUGAACAGCAACAGGCCAAAAAUGCAGACGAUGAAGAUGAAAUCGAUCCGGCUACGGGUGAGCGAAGGUCAUCGCAAGGUCUUCGUUCCAUUCUGCUGAAGGGACAAAUGUUCUACAUCAAAGAUGUGGACUCGCUUAUUUUCCUGUGUAGUCCGUUGAUAGAGAAUCUAGAUGAGUUGCAUGGCAUCGGCCUGUAUUUAAAUGACCUCAAUCCCCAUGGUCUGAGUCGAGAAUUGGUUAUGGCCGGUUGGCAACAUUGCUCCAAGCUGGAGAUAAUGUUCGAAAAGGAGGAGCAGCGUUCAGAUGAGCUGGAGAAAUCUUUGGAAUUGGCUGACUCAUGGAAACGUCAGGGGGAUGAGCUCUUGUACUCCAUGAUUCCACGGCCCAUAGCUGAGCGCAUGCGAAAGAGUGAGGAACAUGUGUGCCAGAGUUUCGAAGAGGUCUCCGUGAUCUUUAUUGAGGUAUUAAACGUCUACGAUAGUGGCUCGAAUAGCAUUCAGGAUGCCAUGCAAGCGGUGACCACAUUAAAUAAGGUAUUCUCUGCAUUGGAUGAGGAAAUCAUUUCACCAUUUGUCUACAAAGUGGAAACUGUGGGCAUGGUCUAUAUGGCCGUCUCUGGGGCUCCCGAUAUCAAUCCUCUGCAUGCGGAACAUUCUUGCGAUCUGGCUCUACGUGUUAUUAAGAAACUAAAAACCGAUGAGCUGGAGGGUGUGGCCAUUAGAGUGGGCAUCAACUCGGGUCCUGUGGUAGCUGGCGUUGUGGGUCUAAAGGUUCCAAGAUACUGUCUCUUUGGGGACACAGUAAACACAGCUUCCCGUAUGGAGAGCAGCUGUGAGCCAUGGAAAAUCCAAUUGUCCCAGUAUACGGCGGAAAAGGUUCGCAGUGUUGGCUAUAAAGUUGAAAGCCGUGGCACUGUUAAGGUUAAAGGCAAAGGUGAAAUGGAAACCUAUUGGCUGCUUGACGGUCCAGAGACUUAAACGAGCUGUAUAUUUCAAAUAAGUCUUUAAUAAGCCUUUUUAAAUUUGAAAGCACUGUGCACUGAAUUUUUGUAUAACUUGAAC